CAGCUCGUGGCACAAAUUUGAAGCACUGCCAGAUAAUUGUAUGUAGUACGUGACAGCAGUCUGAACUCUUAAUGAACUAAACACGAUCCUACACCAUUUUUCAAAGCCAAUUCUUAGAGCUGCUGAAAAGCAUGACUUCGUCUUCUGUUGUUGAUAAACCUCCGGUAAGACGGGUUGCUAUCUUCGGGGGAACUCAUGGCAAUGAGUUAUCAGGGGUAUUUUUGGUCAAGCACUGGGAAGAGAAUGGAGCUGAGAUUCAAAGAAGAGGAAUGGAAGUGAAACCAUUUCUUACCAACCCAAGAGCCGUGAAGAAGUGUACUAGAUACGUUGACUGUGAUCUGAACCGUGUGUUUGACCCUGAUAAUCUUGGCAGGACAGUGAUGGAAGAUAUUCCAUAUGAAGUGAGAAGGGCUCAGGAAAUCAAUCAUAUAUUUGGUCCAAAAGGUAGUGAUGAUGCGUAUGACCUUAUUUUUGACCUUCACAACACCACUUCUAACAUGGGUGGUACCCUUAUUCUUGAAAACUCCAGGGAUGACUUUACAAUUCAAAUGUUUCAUUAUAUCAAGAACGCUUUGGCUCCAGAACGCUGUCCUGUUCUGCUGAUUGAACAUCCUAGCUUGAAAUAUGCAACAACUCGAUCUGUAGCAAAACAUCCUGUUGGUGUGGAGGUGGGUCCCCAGCCACAAGGUGUUCUUAGAGCUGAUAUUUUGGACAAAAUGAGGAAGAUUGUCAAGCAUGGCCUUGAUUUUGUGCAACUUUUUAACGAAGGAAAGGAAUUUCCACCGUGUACAAUUGAGGUUUUUAAAAUAAUGGAGAAAGUAGAUUAUCCCAGGAAUAAGAAUGAUGAAGUUAUUGCUAUUAUUCACCCUAAACUGCAGGAUCAAGACUGGCAGCCACUGAACAAUGGUGAUCCUCUAUUUUUGACUCUUGAUGGAGAAGUAAUUACAUAUAAAGGGGACUGUACAGUUUAUCCAACAUUUAUUAAUGAAGCUGCAUAUUAUGAAAAGAAACAAGCUUUUGUAAAAACAGUAAAAGUGAAACUUACUGCAAAACACAUCAGAUCCUCAGUCUUAGACCAGAACAAUUCUUAAAGGCUUAUUACAGAUUUUUCCUACAAAACGUGGAUUUCUCCUUUGUGAAAUCCAGUGUCAUUCAUGGAAUAAAAUAAUGCAGAAUCUAAUUUUAAAAUGUAAUUUAAUUAACAUUGCUGAGCACUUUUAAGAUGAUACAUACUGUCAUAAUGCUAGUUAUGACUACUGUUUACUUUUCUAAUAGAGUACUACAGAUGCAAAGAAUAAAUAUUUUUAUGAAGUUUGUUAGUUGACACAUAAAAUUAUUAAACAAUGUACCACAUGUGGGUUAGAGACUAUAAAAAUUAUAUCCAGCAUCAUAUAGAAAUAUGCUCAUCCACAAAACUACAUCAUAUAAAAAAAUUACAGCAUUU